UAGACAAAGCUGAGGUAGAUAAAACUGAAGUAGAUGUAAAUGUUGAAGCUAAUAAUUUAACAUCACUUUCUUCAUCUUGGCCAGAUGAAAAAUUAAAUUCAUUAUCAGAAUUAUCCAUCAUGAACCUUUUACAAUAUAUAACCAAAGAAUAG